UUGAUUGCCCGGUGGGCUCCGUUCUUCUCUUUCUGCUGCUAGAAUGAUGGCUCUAUCUGUCUUCCUUCUCUAGUCCUGCCCUUUCAGCUACGGGCUCUGGAUAGGGAUCGGUAACCCAGAAAGGGCCAGCGAAAGCGCCGACGUGUUUAGAGGAGCGGAAGUAGUCAAAUAUCUCUGAACACCGUCAAGGGCAGCUGGCUGUCUCCCUUUCCGGAUAAAGACAGCAGCUCCGACUGUCAGUGCCGGCCUCCCUCCUGUAAGGGGAUCUGCCGGACCCUUGCUAAUUCAGUUUUUCUUCCCCAUUCCGGGCCCUUCCCUAUCGUCGCCCCCUUCACCUUGGAUCAUGUUCAAGAAGCUAUUCAGUUGAGGAAGACAAAAAUUCUUUGGAACGCACCUAGUGGCUUUGCCUUGCAGAUUUGGUAGACGCAAAAAGCAAAGGGGGAACAUGGGCAAAGGAAGAUUUGAUGAAAAAGAAAAUGUGUCCAAUUGCAUCCAGUUGAAAACCUCAGUUAUAAAGGGUAUUAAGAAUCAAUUGAUAGAACAAUUUCCAGGUAUUGAACCAUGGCUUAAUCAAAUCAUGCCUAAGAAAGAUCCUGUCAAAAUAGUGCGAUGCCAUGAACAUAUAGAAAUCCUUACAGUAAAUGGAGAGUUACUAUUUUUUAGACAAAGAGAAGGGCCUUUUUAUCCAACCCUAAGAUUACUUCACAAAUAUCCUUUCAUCCUGCCGCAUCAGCAGGUUGACAAAGGAGCCAUCAAAUUUGUCCUCAGUGGAGCAAAUAUCAUGUGUCCAGGCUUAACUUCUCCUGGAGCUAAACUUUACCCUGCUGCAGUAGAUACGAUUGUUGCAAUCAUGGCAGAAGGAAAACAGCAUGCUCUGUGUGUUGGAGUCAUGAAGAUGUCUGCAGAAGAUAUUGAGAAAGUCAACAAAGGAAUUGGCAUUGAAAAUAUCCAUUAUUUAAAUGAUGGGCUGUGGCAUAUGAAGACAUAUAAAUGAGCCUCAGAAGAAAUGCACUUGGGCUAAAAAUGGAUAUUGUGCUGUUUCUGUGUUUGUGUCUAUGUGUGACAGCAUGAAUACAAUACCUCUGUGGUUAUGCUGAAUAAAUUCAACAGAUGCUAAAA